AGUAAUGUAAUAUAUGUUGAAGUCAAUGAUAACAAGUUGUAGUAGAAUGUUAUUGUAAAUAUUUUUAGUAAAAUAAAAACCAGUAAAUAUAUUAUUUAGUGUCUAAAUAUGAAUUUUGCUUCAAAACACACUGUGUUUUUUUCGGCGGUCCUGCUUUUAGGUCUUCCACUACUUACUUUGCAAUUUGAUAUAUAUGAAGAAACAGACACGCAAAAAGAUGAUGAUUUUUCUACUGUGGAUGAAUCUGAAUCUCUACUUUCUAAUGUAGUUUCUGAUGUAAAUAAAACAUUAACAAACUUUUACAAUCAUGUAACAUCGGCUAAUGUUUCUGUGGAAAACAAAACACAUUCAAUUAAUGAGACACGUAAACUAGUCAAAUGUAAGGAGAUAGUGUAUGAUCAAAGAGAAUUUACCGAACCUUCGGUAGAAAUAAUCAAUGGAACUGCUCUUGCGAAGCUACUUCAAAUUAAGCCUGAUAUAUCUAGUCGAGACAUCGAAGCUGACUGUGUUUUAGUACUAUUUCAUGCGAGAGCCUGUCCUUUUAGUGCUCAUGCAGCCCCACAUUUUAACGCUCUAGCCAGAUCUUAUCCAAACAUUAAAAUGGUAGCACUUGAUGCUUUAAAAUACCAUGGGAUUAAUGCACAGUAUGGAAUAGUUGGUGUACCAACUCUGAAAAUGUUUCACAAUGGUCGACCAGUAGGUAAAUUUAAUGGUACCGAGUACAAUAUCCACUUGUUUAGUAAAUUUGUUCAUGCUAUAACUGGACAGAAUCCCCAAGGCUUGUUAGUAACUUCAAAAGACUUUCAAGGGCCUGUAUCAAGUGUCGUGGAGAAGGAAACUGAUUACUUCUUAAUUCUUUCUUGGUUUUUUAUAAUAGUGUGUUCAGUGUAUUACUUUAUGGAGUCGAAAUGGUGGAAGAUGAUUGUCGAAAUGAUUCAGAAUAAUUGGAGAGAAUCAGAAGCACAACAUGAACAUAACGACUGAUUUGUGUUUAUUUUUAUUAUGUAUUUGUAUGUAUGAAUAAAUUAUUGGUGUUGUUUAAGGUUAA